GGAGCGGUUUGCCCCUGACUUUUCCUCAGAGAAGUGACACCGUUUUGCUAUUGGUCUGCUUGAGUUGAUGGUGUUGGAAGGCACCUGCUCGGAGCUCCUCCUCCUUCCUCCUGGCUCCCGCGGCUGUCACUCCGUCUGUCAGUGUGAGGAUAUCUCCUUCCCUCUUUCUAGGGUUUCAUAAUGCGCUGGGAUCUGCCGCUCAUUCAGAGGCUGGGGUGGAUUUCAUCCUCCUGCUUGUUGGAGAACAUCAGCCCGUGAUGAAAGCUGCCUCGAUAUGAAUCAGCACAGUGGUUCGGAGGAGCAGACAGGGAGUUCCCGGGUCCCACACAGCUUUUAAUAAGAGACACUAAGAGUAAACGCUUCUGAAGGAUUGUUGCCUUUUUGGGAUUCCCUGGACUCGUAAUCAUGGGGAACGCAGCUGGAAGUGCCGAAAUUUCUCAGAAUAAGGAGACCAGGAGCCUGACUCCCACUGGCUCCGGGAGACAGGUGUCAGGUGUGAAGCCCCCCAUGCCACCUGAGGAGGAGCUGGAGGAGCGCUUCAGCGCAGCUCUGAACACGAUGAAUCUUCCUCCAGACAAAGUGGAGAUCCUGACUCAGUAUGACAAUGAGAAGAAGUGGGAACUGAUCUGUGAUCAGGAGCGAUUCGAGGUCAAGAAUCCGCCGUCUGCUUACUUGGAGAAGCUGAAAGCUCACCAGGUUAAUGGAGGAAUUAGCUGGAUGUUUAAAAGACGUGUUGAGGAGUCCACACCUGUCCUGAGAGAGCUGGAGAUUUCUCUGAGAACCAAUCACAUCGGAUGGGCAAAGGAGUUCUUAAAUGAUGAGAAUCGGGGCUUGGACGUGCUGGUGAAUUAUCUGUCUUUCGUUAACAGCUCAGUCAAGAAUGAUGUGGACACUUUGAAGAAAAACACCCUCCACAGAGACCAGCACACCUAUGCUUCAGUGGAAGACCUCAACGGAAGCUCCUCGCCCACCAGCACUGCCUCAAAAGCCAACAAAGUCUUCUCACUCAGGAGACCCACGAGGAACUCCCGUGUUGGGAGUCAGAAAGAUGACGUCCAUCUGUGCAUCAUGUGUUUACGUGCCAUCAUGAACUAUCAGUCGGGCUUCAGUCAGGUGAUGGAGCACGCCUCCUGUGUGAAUGAGAUCACGCUGAGCCUCAAUGACAGACACCCCAGGACCAAAGCUCUGGUGCUGGAGCUGCUAGCAGCCGUGUGUUUGGUCAGAGGAGGCCAUGAGAUCAUCCUCUCUGCCUUCAACAACUUCAAAGAGGUUUGUGGGGAGAAGAGGCGAUUUGAGAGGCUGAUGGACUACUUCCACAGUGAGGAGAGCAACCUCGACUUCAUGGUGGCCUGCAUGCAGUUCAUCAAUAUUGUGGUCCACUCAGUGGAGGACUUGAACUUCAGGGUCUUCCUUCAGCACGAGUUCACUCAGCUCUUGCUGGAUGACUACCUGGAGAAACUGAAGUUCACAGAGAGCGACCGGCUGCUGGUGCAAAUCCAGGCCUACCUGGACAACGUGUUUGAUGUGGGCUCUCUGUUGGAGGACGCAGAGGCCAAGAGCGCCAUGAUGGAGCAUGUGGAGCAGCUGCAGGAGCAGAACGUUAAGCUGAACACCAAACUGCAGGAGAGUGAGAGCGAGGCCAAGGAGAAAGUGUCCGAGCUGGAGACCAAGCUCAUCCAGACCACCAAAGAACUGGAGCUCCUGAAGGAAAGUCUCUCCAAUUCAAGCUCCCAGGUAAACACAGACGAUCCACAGGAGUUUGUUUCCCGGGUUCAGGAUCUGGUGCAGCAGGGUCUUCUCUCUGUGGAGCGUUCUCCAGCCGGAGACGUGGUGGUCCAAGUACUCCAGCAGACAGAUGAAACUGAUGCUGCUCCGACCACCCCACAUCCCCCCACAGAGGAAUCUCUUCCAACUGCUGCCGCUCCACCUCCUCCCCCGCCUCCUCCUCCUCCUCCUCCAGCUUUAGCUCCUCCUCCUCCUCCUCCACCCCCCCUGCUGUCCUCUGGAGGCUCCACAAACCAACAGACAGAGGAUGCAGCAGGCGAUAAAAAAAAGAGGCCCAUCCAAACCAAGUACCGCAUGCCUCUGCUGAACUGGAGGGCCCUCCAGUCCAACCAGGUGGAGGGCACCAUCUUCAGUGAGCUGGAUGACACGUCGGUCUUACAGACUCUGGACAUGUCCAUGUUUGAGGAGCAGUUUAAGACCAAAGCCCAGGCCCCCACUGUGGACUUGGGAACCCUGAAGGUGAAGUCGAGCCACAAGUCUUCCACCAAAGCGUCUUUGAUGAAUCUUAACAGGUCCAAAAAUCUGGCCAUCACUCUGCGCAAAGAGGACAUGGACGCUUCUGAAAUCUGUCACGCCAUCAAAACCUACAACCUGAAGGCUCUGCGGCUGGAUUUCCUGGAGCUUCUGGAGCCGUUCAUCCCCACAAAGCUUGAAAUGAAGCUCAUCCAGGACUUCGAGGCUGAGGGCAGGUCUCUGGAUCAGCUUGGCGAAGAGGACCGCUUCAUGGUGCACUUCAGCAAGAUCCCUCGGCUGCCUCAGCGCAUUAGCACCCUGACUUUCAUGGGUAACUUCCCUGAAAGCGUGCAGCUCAUCCAGCCGCAACUGGAUGCCAUCAUUGCAGCCUCCAUGUCCAUCAGAUCCUCCAACAAGCUGAAGAGAAUCCUGGAGAUCAUCCUGGCAUUUGGAAACUACAUGAACAGCGGAAAACAAGGUCCGGCUUAUGGCUUCCGUUUGGAAAGUUUGAAUUUGCUGUUUGAAACCAAAUCCACAGACCGGAAGCAGACACUGCUGCACUUCAUCGUUCAGCUCAUCAGGGAGCAGUACUCGGACCUGCAGUCAUUUUACUCGGAGCUGCAUUUCCUGGACAAGGCAGCGCUUGUUUCAUUGGACCAGCUCCUGGGGGAUGUGGGAGCUCUGGAGAGAGGGAUGGAGCUGACCAAGAAGGAGUUGUCUGAGGAGGAGGACAGCCCAGUACUGAAGACGUUUGUGGACAGCAACGCUCAGCUGCUCAGCUCUCUUGCUGCUGAUGGAAAUAGGGCUCAGGAGGCGUAUGAGUCAGCGGUGCUGUACUUUGGAGAGGAUCCCAAGGUUACUCCACCCUCUGCGUUCUUCUCUCAUUUUAACAACUUCAUCAAAGCAUACAAGCAAGCUGACAAAGAGCAGAGGAGGAAGCAGUUUGACCUGAACCAUGGACCUCCAUCAGGUCCUGCCAAUGCAAAGGGAGCCGAGAGGAAGUCUUUCACUCCAUGCGUGAAGCCUCACAUGGAUCUGAUGGCAGAGCUAAAGAAGAGGCAGUCGGCCCCUCUGGUGAGGGAGGGGAAGGACGGCACCAUCGAGGACAUCAUCACAGACCUGAGGAGUCAGCCGUACAGGCGGCUGGACAGCGGGCGCCACAGCUCCAAGUGGAAGCACAAGCAGCAGCUGCAGGUCUCCUCAGACAUCUCCCUCUGAGCAGCACCUGACGGCUGGAAACGCUGCUGCAGCAGAACCACACCGGCCAGACGGAACCAGUACACCGCGCUGCUCCGCACGCCGACUCGUGGAGCUCCAAAGGCGUGCAGCGAGCUCACAACUGCACCUGGAUACUGAUGCGGUUCACGUGGACUGCAGGCACGAGCAGAGGUUCAAAUAUGAGAAGGACAGUGACGUCAGAGGUCACAGAACUUCAGGAGAGUAUAAAUGACUCUCUGACGGGGACUUGAGACUUGAGACGCUGCAGAGAAACCACCGCCUGGCUGGAAGGGCCUCACAGAUAAACCAUUUUUGAAGCUUUCUUAAUGAAAACAACAACAAAAAAUGAGGGUUCUUUUAGCUUAGAGUAUUAAUUCUUUCUCUUUUAUUUCGUUUGGUUCAAAAGGUCACAGAUUUGUAACGUAUUUAAAUUAUUUUAAAUAUCAAAAUGCUCCAUUGCGUCUUUGUCUCAACACCCACCUAAUAAAGCAUUUUGCAGUUCAGCCUGUUUUUAACA